UUGGAGGACCUAAGAGGCGCGGCCGGGGCCACGCCCCGGGCGGGAGGGCCGCUCUGUGCGCGCCCGCUCUAUGAUGCUUGCGCGCGUCCCCCGCGCGCCGCGCUGCGGGCGGGGCGGGUCUCCGGGAUUCCAAGGGCUCGGUUACGGAAGAAGCGCAGAGCCGGCUGGGGAGGGGGCUGGAUGCGCGCGCACCCGGGGGGAGGCCGCUGCUGCCCGGAGCAGGAGGAGGGGGAGAGCGCGGCGGGCGGCAGCGGCGCCGGCGGCGACUCCGCCAUAGAGCAGGGGGGCCAGGGCAGCGCGCUCGCUCCGUCCCCGGUGAGCGGCGUGCGCAGGGAAGGCGCUCGGGGCGGCGGCCGUGGCCGGGGGCGGUGGAAGCAGGCGGCCCGGGGCGGCGGCGUCUGUGGCCGUGGCCGUGGCCGUGGCCGGGGUCGGGGCCGUGGCCGGGGCCGGGGCCGGGGCCGCGGCCGUCCCCAGAGUGGCGGCAGCGGCCUUGGCGGCGACGGCGGCACGGGCGGCUGCGGCGUCGGCAGCGGUGGCGGCGUCGCCCCCCGGCGGGAGCCUGUCCCUUUCCCGUCGGGGAGCGCCGGGCCGGGGCCCAGGGGACCCCGGGCCACGGAAAGCGGGAAGAGGAUGGACUGCCCGGCCCUCCCCCCCGGAUGGAAGAAGGAGGAAGUGAUCCGAAAAUCAGGGCUCAGUGCUGGCAAGAGCGAUGUCUACUACUUCAGUCCAAGUGGUAAGAAGUUCAGAAGUAAACCUCAGCUGGCAAGGUACCUGGGAAAUGCCGUUGACCUCAGCAGUUUUGACUUCAGAACUGGCAAGAUGAUGCCUAGUAAAUUACAGAAGAACAAACAGAGACUGCGGAAUGAUCCUCUCAAUCAGAACAAGGGUAAACCAGACUUAAACACGACAUUGCCAAUUAGACAAACUGCAUCGAUUUUCAAGCAACCAGUCACCAAAGUCACAAACCACCCCAACAAUAAAGUGAAGUCAGACCCACAACGGAUGAAUGAACAACCACGUCAGCUUUUCUGGGAGAAGAGGCUACAAGGACUUAGCGCAUCGGAUGUAACGGAGCAAAUCAUAAAGACCAUGGAGCUGCCCAAAGGCCUUCAAGGAGUCGGCCCGGGUAGUAACGACGAGACCCUUCUAUCUGCCGUGGCCAGUGCUCUGCACACAAGCUCUGCACCAAUCACAGGGCAAGUCUCUGCGGCCGUGGAAAAGAACCCUGCUGUCUGGCUUAACACAUCUCAACCCCUCUGCAAAGCUUUCAUUGUCACAGAUGAAGACAUUAGGAAACAGGAAGAGCGAGUCCAACAAGUACGUAAGAAAUUGGAAGAAGCACUGAUGGCGGACAUCCUGUCCCGGGCUGCUGACACGGAGGAGAUAGACAUUGAUAUGGACAGUGGAGAUGACGCUUAAGAAUAUGAUCAGGUAACUUUCGACUGACCUUCCCCAAGAGCAAAUUGCUAGAAAUGGAAUUAAAACAUUUUCACCGGGUUUCGCCUGUAAGAAAAAGUAUACCUGAGCACAUAGAGCUUUUACUAGCACUGACCAAUGCCUUUCUAGAUGUAUUUUUGAUGUAUAUAUCUAUUAUUCCAAAUGAUGUUUAUUUUGAGUCCUAGGACUUAAAAUUAGUCUUUUAUAAUAUCAAGCAGGACCCUUAAAAUGAAGUGGAGCUUCUGAUGCCAGGUGCAAUCUACUGGAAAUGUAGCACUUAUGUGAAAUAUUUGUUUCCCCCACAGUUUUAAUAUAAACAGAUCAAGAGUACCAAAUACAUUUCCCCACUAAAAAUUAUUGUGACUUCACUGUAUAUAAACAGAUUUUUAUACUUUAUUGAAAGAAGAGACCUGUACAUUCUUUCAUCGUCACUGUAAAGACAAAUAAAUGAUUAUAUUCACAGACUGAUUGGAACUUCUUCUGUUAAAGAACACACACAGUAAUAACCCUGGGAUACCAUUCCUGAUCCACGUUCCACUUUGACCCUGGUCCUUAGCUUGGAAAUGGAGGUGGUGGGAAGUAGCUGGUGUAUUGCAAUGUGCCUGUAGGCUUCUCUUCAAGGGGGUUGUCUUACCAGAAGUUUCACAUUGUCUCUGCCAUUCAGUUUUCUCCCCUUGCCUGGGACUAGUCCUUUGGCUAGUGCUACAAAAGUCAGGCUCUUUCUUCCUGUGACAUGACUUAGGUAUACAAGGCCCCUAUCUAUGUAGGUGCUGCCCGAAGCUGCACUUGCUCUGUCUAGGAGAUUUCCCCUUUCUAAUAUCCACCAGCUUACUAAGUCUGUAGAGCACUGCAGAUCCUUUACCAUCAUGAGGCAACCUCUAAGAAGUUGUUUUAUGAGCCAGAGUGUGAUGCUUUACUAAUCAGUAUCUGACCAAAGUAUUAGUUUUUCUCUUCUAUUAGAAGCCUAUCUUUAUUACCACUGAAGUAGCUUGAUAUUUAUUUAUUAAAACUGGCAUUAAAUUAUUCAGUGAGUUUUUAAAUUAAAGCAUACUUAAAUUGAUCUGAGCCAAAGACAAGAGGGGGUGGCUAUAAAGAAAUUAUGAAAAAUGGAGCCAAAAUAAUGUUGCUUUCUAGGGACAGUUGAUGCAUUUAUGUACUGGACCUGUGCUAUAUUUAUGUUCAUUUUAAAUGAGCACACAUGCUAAGCAUACAUGAGUCGCUGCAUUCAGGUCCCAGCACCAAAAAAAAAAAAAA